AUGACGCCCCCGAGCCGCACUGCGGGCGACCAGCCAAAGCAAACUGUGGAACCCGAGGUGGUCAAGUUCUCUCCACAAGAGGAACAGGCACUACUAGAAGAGUCAAACGCCAUCAAAGCUGAAGCCAACGAAUUAUACUCGGCCGGGGAUUUUGAAAACGCCCUAUCCAGAUAUGAAGACGCCGUGGCAACAUGCCCCAACUACCUGCACUACGAGCGCGCCGUCCUGCACAGCAAUAUGGCCGCCUGCCACCUGCAGCAGGAGCAGUGGAGUGACGCCAUCAAGAUCGCCAGCAAGGCUCUCGACAGCCUGGAACAGGCCGAGCCGGGGCACGCAGGCGUAGACGCAGACGCGGGCGCGGACGCCAAGGACAGCGUGCAAGAGGCCGGAAACGAACCCCCCGCGCAGACUGAGUCAGCGCCACAGGACGACGGGGUUGAGGAGGAGGUGGUCAGCUCGGGGGCGUCUCGCGCUGCGCCGGCGCCGGCGCUUCGGGGAGCCUCGUCGCCGUCCGAGACGCGAAGGUCCGACAUCCUGAGGAUCCGCUCCAAGGCGCUGCUGCGGCGCGCCCGCGCACGCUGCGAGGCUGGCGGAUGGCAGAACCUCGCCGGCGCCGAGGACGACUACCGGCUCUUGUCGGACAUGCCUGGCCUUGGCCCGGCGGAUGCGCGGACUGUUCGCCGGCAGCUUGCUGCGCUGCCGCCUCGCACAAAGGCUGCGCGGGAGAAGGAAAUGUCGGAAAUGUGGGGCAAGCUCAAGACGCUGGGCGACGGCAUCCUGAAGCCGUUUGGCCUGAGCACCGACAACUUCCAGAUGGUAAAGGACGAAAAGUCUGGCGGCUACAGCAUGAACUUUACCUCGGGGGACGGCUCGUCCAAGGCGUCGUAG